AUGGUGAACCGAUUCAUCCUUUCCGCGUUCUUCUUACUCAUAUUGGGAGUUGCCUCAGUGUCGGCGAUCGACAAAUAUGACAAUGGCACCUAUAUUAUCACUGCUCCAGCCAUAAUACGCCCUGGUCUUCCGACCAUGAUCAACGUAAACAUUCUGAGAGCACCUCAAGCUGUAACAACUACGGCCAAGAUCGUAUCAAAAAAUGGCACGAUUAUGUCCCAAAAUAGUGACACAUUCUAUAAAGGUACACCAAAAUCAAUGACAUUGCAGGUACCGAAAAACCUGAAAGAUGACAAUUAUGUAUUACUUGUCCAAAGCAGUGGGGGUUUAAGCUUUAGUCAAAACAAAUCUAUCAAAGUUAGUACUAAAACAAGCUCCCUAUUUAUUCAAACCGACAAAGCCAUUUACAAGCCUGGGCAAACAAGUAUCUUGACAAAAGAUUAUCCUCUUGCGGAUGAGCCACCUCUUGGCAAGUGGACUUUACGUAUCGUAACCAAGGAUGAUAAAGCGGAAAAAAGCUUUGAGAUUAAAGAAUAUGUACUUCCAAGAUUUAAUACGAAGGUUACGUUGCCAUCGUUUGGUUUGAAUACCGAUGACAAGCUUACGAUAUCCAUCUCAGCAAAAUAUACCUAUGGUAUGCCGGUCAAAGGUGUAGCAUAUAUUAAGUUGAACCCAAAAUACUGGUAUUCUAGAGGCUCAAAAAUUCCUGAAAUUAGAAAGGAAGAAAAGAUCGAUGGGUAUUUAAACAUAUCAGUUCCAACAUCCGAUAUUAAAUGGCAUUUAAACAAAAAUAAAGAACUAAAUUACUUCAAUUUACUGGUCAACGUCAUCGUUAUGGAAAAGUUAACGAGUAUCAAGGAAAAUGGAACCUCCAGCAUGACUUAUUAUUCACGGCCUUAUCGUGUUAAUGUCGUGUCAUCAACGUCUGCCUUUAGACCAGGAAUGCCUUAUCAUGCUAUGCUGGCAGUAGUUCAACCUGACGGUAAGGCCGUAGCUGCAUCACUUUCCGAUUAUUUGACUGCAUAUUACGGCACUAAAUCAAAGUAUUCUUGGACUGCGUAUCAUUAUCCAUCGAUGUGGCGAAGCAAUAACAAAGAAUAUAUUCAAUUGGUAAAUACUUCCAGUUCAUUAAAGAUUGGAAGCACAGCUACAUUUGAUGUUCUUUCAAGCAAGGGUAUAAGUGGUGUGCGUUUAACGUUUGAAGUAACUUCCAGAGGAGCGAUCGUGGCUAGCGGUAGCUUGGAUACUACCGGCCAAAAAACUUCACUUUCUUUUACGGUAACCCAAAAAAUGGCCCCAACAGCUAGGGUUCUAGCCUAUUAUAUAGGCGAUAAUUACGAAGUGAUAGGAGACAGUUAUCAAUUUCAAGUGGAUGGUCUCUUUGAAAAUAAGGUUUCUCUUAACUUUGAUAAAUCUACUGAAGCACCAGGCAAAAAUAUCAAGCUUAAAGUAAAAGCAUCACCAUAUUCCCAUGUUGGCGUACUUGCUGUUGAUCAGAGUGUUUUACUUAUGAAAACUGGAAAUGAUUUGAGCGUCGCAGAUGUAAAAAAAGAAAUUCAAAGUUAUGGUGGUAACAACUAUUAUCCGGAUUAUCCGAUAGCAUUUAAGCGAUCCGUAGAAUUUAAACGGACAGUUAUGCCGGGCGGCGGAUACUAUUCCUCUAACAGUAUGAAAGGAGCAUUCAAACAAGCUGGAUUGGUCAUAUUGACAGACGCAUUAGUAUCUGGCAGCUCAUAUCCUCCAAUGUAUAUGUUGGAGGAUGGUGCCAUGGCACCAAACGCUCAAGCAGGGAAUGCUAACUUGGCAAAUAAAGAAGAAGGUGGUGAGGUUGCUCAACCUUUGUACGUGCGAACUUUUUUUCCAGAAACCUGGCUCUGGUCGGAUAAGAAUGCAAGCUCGUCUGGUGAGGUAGUAAUCAAUAGCCUGAUGCCUGAUACAAUAACUUCAUGGGUUGCAAGUGCAUUCGCUGUUUCUAGUGCAACCGGGUUUGGCUUAUCACCAACCCAUGCUAAGGUUCGAGGUUUUCAGCCUUUCUUUGUGAAUCUGAAUCUGCCCUAUUCUGUAAUUCGUGGAGAGCAUAUGGCGCUGCAAGCAGUUGUAUUCAAUUAUCUGUCUACGGAUUUAGUUGUUACACUAGUUCUAGAGAGCUCCAGUAACUGGCAGAAUAUCGAUCUAAUAAACUCAAAAAUUAUAGGAAGUGGUUCACAACAAUAUCAGCUAUUGGUAAAGGCAGGACAGGCUGCGAGUACCUAUUUUCCAAUAAUGCCCAUGACAAUAGGAAGUAUUCCGAUUCUUGUAAAGGCUUCGUCGAAUGUAGCUUCGGAUGCAGUUGUACGACAGCUUCGAGUUGAGCCGGAAGGAAUUAAACAGCACUACACGGAGAAUUAUAUGAUACAACUUAGUAACGGUGGUAGAGCAAGGCAUACUUUUAAAGUUUCUUUACCUCCGCAUCUGGUUAGUGGUUCUACCAGCGCGAAAGUUAAUGUAAUAGGUGACUUAAUGGGACCUAGCAUUAGUAACCUGGAUAGUUUACUUCAAAUGCCAUACGGGUGUGGUGAGCAAAAUAUGCUUGGUUUUGCUCCUGAUAUUUACAUUAGUAAGUAUUUGACUGCCACCAACCAAGCUACCUCGAGGAUCCUAGAUAAAGCCAAACGUUACAUGACCAAAGGUUAUCAAAAAGAAUUGACGUAUCGUAGAAGCGCUGGUUCCUACAGUGCAUUCGGAAAUCGCGAUAAAGCAGGAAGCAUGUGGUUAACAGCAUUUGUUGUAAAGUGCUUUUCGCAAGCCAAACCUUUCAUCUAUAUCGAUCCUAAAGUAACACAACCAAGCAUAGAUUGGAUAAUUAAAAAGCAAAAUUCGGAUGGAACAUUCCAAGAACCUGGUAGAGUCAUCCAUAAAGCAAUGAAGGGUGGAGUCACAAAUGAUAUUACGUUGGCAGCGUUUGUUUUAAUUGCCAUGCAAGAGAGCGGUGUUACCUCUUCGUCGGUCACAAGCGCAAUAACUAAGACUCAACAAUACUUGGAGGAUAAGAUUAGUACCAUAAGUAGUAGUUAUACAAUGGCCAUUGUUAAUUAUGCUUUAACACUAACACGUAGUACGGCUGCCAAAACAGCGUUUGCUAAAUUAAAGCAAAUGGCCAUGACUAAAGAUGGUGCCACUUAUUGGAGCGCUGUUAAAGAAGCUGGUAAGCAAACUGGACGAUGGUAUCCACCAUACGGUCAAUCAAACUCUUUAAAUAUCGAAGCUACUAGCUAUGCGUUGAUGACUUACGUGCUAAAUAAAGAACUAGCGGCAGCAGCUCCAAUAGCAAAGUGGCUAUCAAUGCAAAGAAAUAGUAUGGGUGGAUUCUCUUCAACUCAGGAUACCUGCGUAGCCCUUGAAGCUCUGUCACGGUAUGCAGCUAUGGUGUAUGGGUCUGACUUAAAUGCUGAUAUUUACAUUCGGUCGACCAAUAAUACCAGCUUUUUGAAACACUUUAAAAUAAACAACGCAAACGCCGUAGUUUUACAACAGACUGAUGUUCCUGCCGGACAAGGAGAUAUAAUGCUAGAAGCUAAUGGUACUGGCAUUGGCUUGGUGCAGUUGGGUGUUCAAUACUACGUAGUCAAGGAUCCUCUUGACCAAUCGUUUGAAGUAGAAGUUACUGUACUUGACCACAGUACAACUGAAAUUAUUUAUGUCAAAUCAUGUGGGAGAUGGAAUAGCGGCGGAACUUCAGGCAUGGCAAUAAUGGAAAUAGGCGUUCCAUCUGGGUUUAGUGCUAAUCAGAAUAAAUUGCGUGAGAUCGUUAAAUCGAAUACCUUAUCAAUAAAAAGAUACGAAAUGUCAGGAAGUCACGUUGUUCUCUAUUUCGAUGAGCUUACGAACAAUAAAAAAUGUGUCACGGUUAUGAUGGAACGAACAGUCCCGGUAGGCUUGUUGAAGCCUGUUCCGGUUAAAGUAUUUGACUAUUACGAGCCAGAAAAACAAGCAUCAGCUUUCUACAAAGUCAGCAAAUUAAGUACCGGAAGCCUCUGCAAUGCUUGUUCGAGUUGUGUCGGAUGCACUAGUGGUUCUGCGAAAUCAUCGUAUAGUUUCGUAUUGAUUGCAUUGAUAACGUUACUUCUAGCUAAUAUGUAUUAG